AUGGAUGCUGGUAAUAGGGGCUCAUCGUUCGCUACCCUAAGCAAGCUUCUCUUAAGUAUGGUGGGGACUGGUCUUCUUGUUCCCCUUAUUUCUUCCCUUCUUCUCUCAGCACCUUUUAUUCCUGGACAAUUCCUUCUUAACCAGCACUUAUUCCAUUUACAGUUGACUGCAAAAUACCCAGCCACACCACAGGACCAGCACUUCAGAGGUCUUGUUUUUAUUGGAGCCACCCUGACCCUUACUUCUCUACAGGGGAUUCACUGCCGUUUCCCGAUCCCUUAUUCUUUUCGGGGGAGACCUGGUGUCUCCUCCCCGAUUGGUGGGACAGUCUCUGGUACUGUGUCCUCCGUAAAUGCAGGUCAAGCAUACCAGCCCGUACCUUUUCGGAGUGGACUUAUAAAAUCCGUACCGUAUAAUCCCAUCCCUUCUGACUGGGGUCGGCCUCGGCCUCGCAAUCCUCCUCUUUCGCGUCCUUACGGGAUCCUCUCGUUAUUUUUAACUACCUCCAAGGCCUCCGUCAGCCUACAGGGCUCACCCUUCAGAACGUCACCCCUCACGUCAUCAUUACGGAUAGCGUCCAUAAAAGCGUCCGCUAACAGCGCCUGA